UUACGUAAAAUACACAUUUACAGUAUUAUAUUACCACAAUGCAAACUCAUAUUUAGGGAAUAAAAAAUGGAACUCUUAUUUAGAAAAUAAAAUACUAGUGCGAAAAAUUUUAUGCUAGUAUUUUAUACCAAGGUAAACAAAUGAAAUGACGGUACAAACCCGUGGUGUACAGAAUAAGGAGUAUGAGGUUAAUUAAUCUGGCAUUUGCAGAUGAUUUGAUAGUAGCCUGUAAAGCUGACAGGGGGUCAAUCAAGGUUAUACUUGAGUGUCUUCAGCAUUUUAAAGAAGUCACUAGACUGGAGGUUAAUUACUCCAAGUCCCAGAUGAUACUUGGGGGGAUUAGUGACCUGGAGUCUGAGGAGAUCCUGGGCAUGACUAAUAUGGCUAAAGGUGUAUUUCCCUUUAGGUAUCUUGGAGGGCCUAUUACUGAUGGUAGGAUAGGUGAUAGGGAAUGUGAAGCUCUGGUAGCCAAAUUAACAGCCAAGAUCUCAGUUUGGGCAUCAAAGAAUUUAUCUUAUGCAGGGAGGUGCAAAUUAAUUAAUACAGUCUUGUAUGGAGUGAUAUCCUUUUGGUGCAGACUCUUCAUUAUACCCAAUAGAGUGAUGCAAAAAAUACAAAGCAUAUGCAGGAACUUCCUUUGGGGUGCCAAAGCCCAGUAUACCAAGAUACCUCUUGUCAAUUGGGAUGAAAUAUGCAAAGCUAAACAAGCAGGAGGAUUAGGGUUCAGGGAUCUAGUUUCAUGGAAUCUGGCUUGUAAUCACAGGCUGCUCUGGGAUAUAGCUAGUAAAAAAGACAUACUAUGGGUUAAGUGGAUUCAUAAUAAGUAUCUUAAAAAGGAUAAUAUUUGGACUGUACCACCCAAGCCUAAUUUCUGUUACUAUUUGAAAAAAAUCCUGUUGAGGAGGAAAGAUUUUGAGGGCAUGCCCAUCAGAGAGAGAUAUGAUGUUCAAGGGGGAUAUGAGUGGCUUAUGGGAGACAAUACUAAGGUCCAAUGGAACUGGUUUGUUUGGAAUAAGCUCACAAUUCCCAAGCAUCAAUUCAUUCAGUGGCUGGGAUGGAAAGACAGAUUACAAACCAAAACAAGGCUAGCAAGGUAUAUGAACAUUAGUACUCACUGUGUUCUCUGCUCUGUACAUAUAGAAGACAAAGAGCAUAUGUUUUACUCUUGCCCUUAUACUAGAGGGAUCCAAAAUGAAAUAUGCAAUUGGGUUGGGACCAGAUGGAUAGCUAAUAAUGACAAAGAGAUGUUGGGGGCAAUUCAGCAGAUCAAAGGUAGGAAGAACAGAGGUAUUGCAAUUGCAGCUUUUGCUGCAAUAUGUUAUGCAGUGUGGAAGGCAAGAAACAAGAAAAUUAUGAAAAAAGGAGGAGGUGACUAUUCUGGAUUCCUGCUACUUGAUUAAAAGCCAAUUGAAGACAUAUAUUAACCAUAAAUUAAGAGUAGUGCAUAUUGUUUAGCUGUUUUGCUGCUAGCCUAAAUGUUUUUGGUUUUCAAUAUGGUUCCUUAUAAUAAGACCAUUGUUUUUUUUUUAAUGGUUGAAAAAAAUGUCAAAAAGAUUCACUUCUAACCAAAGCGUUUACAAUUGACACAUAAAAUUCAUAAUGAGCACUUUAUUUGCAAUAUCUUAGUACAAUCUUCUUUCUUGAACUUCAGGUUCACAUCUUCUUUAAUUGAAGAAUAUAUAUAAUCUAGCAUAUGUCAUGGAAUUUAUCUUCCAUUCAACUCCUUCAAAAAUCUUCCCUCAGUGUCUACCUACCAAUAUGCAUCUUCACAAUCGAAAAGCAUUAUACCUCAUAAAAGGAAAAUUAUACAUCUUUUUAGAGAAAUAAUAAAUUUCAAACAUGACUUGACGAAGUAUUUGAUUGGAAUAGUUUCACAAUGGGAUUGGCGCACAAACAAAGACCCCUAAUUGACAAGUUUAGAUCAAUAGAGUGAGUUUCACCCAAACAUAACAACAUAAGUAUCAAUCUACAAUUACUUCUGGAUAUGAUGUGAGAGGAUUGUAUCAUAAAGCAAGGGACAACAA